GUCAGGAAGUACUGGUGGUCGAGGUUAUUUGCUGGACAAUUUAAUUGACGCUGCGUCCAAUAACGUUUUCGAUCAUUUGGCGCUCUGUUCAAUAACGCCAGUAGCCCCACAGCCGAGACAGACAGACAGACAGACAGAUAGAUACGUCUCUAAAGCGCAGAGGAGGCGGGAUCCUUAUUGCGAACCCUGUUUCAUAGUGAACGCGCGCGCUCCGGCCGUUAUCUUUAAGGCGUUACGCAAUGUGAUCCGCGAGGUAACUGAACUCUGCGCUGAGCUAACAGCACUUAGCACUGCUGGCGCCGCUCAGCUCAGGCGAUAGGAGACCGGGCGAGCAUUUCCCGAGGAUACAGCCGGCUGAAGCAAAUUCACCAGGCUUAACUGCAGAGGACCGCUGCUCAUCAUCUCAGCGAACGGCUCCGUAACGCUUGUUGAAGACGAUGUCUCUUUCAGCAGCGGCACGGAGGUUGACGCUGGCCGGCUGGAGUCUUCCGCGGCGGAGCUGCUCCACAGUCAGCAAAACUUUUUCGAGGACUUUACCUUCACUGACCAGACUGCCUGAGCUGAACAGAGAUCGCUGUCAGAGGAGAGAAAUCACCUCCUCCAGUGUCGUGCAGCCCCUCAGGUCAGAAAACAAGGUGACUGUUAAUUUCGUCAAUCGAGAUGGAGAGAAAGUUACCGUCAAGGCCUCCCCUGGUGAAUCUCUGUUAGAUGUUGUGGUGGAUCAAGACCUUGACUUUGAUGGGUUCGGUGCAUGUGAGGGAACUCUAGCUUGCUCCACCUGCCAUGUCAUCUUUGAAGAAGAGAUUUACAAACAGUUAGGACCUAUUAGUGACGAGGAGAUGGAUAUGCUGGAUCUUGCCUAUGGUCUUACAGACACGUCCCGAUUGGGUUGCCAGAUUUGCCUCACAAAAUCCCUAGAUGGUGUCACGGUACGUCUGCCUGAGAGUGUGGCGGAUAUCAGACAGUCAGAUGGCUCUGCCUAGCUUCGGUUUCACCUGCCUAUAACUACUACGUCCAUGUAAUUAGCAUAUACCAAUGUAAAAUGAGGGAUUUAAAGAGAAGGCAAAUAGAGGUGCAAUGGUAUUAAUCCAUUGCCUUGUGGCUACAGAGUCUGGGAUGUAGUGUAAGGACCCACAAGAAGGGCCCCAUGCAGUUUAUAAUCUGUUUACCAGACAGUAGUGAGAGUGUAAGUAGUAUACUAAUAAUGCAGAACAGCCUUUAUGUAAUCUUCUAUGGAGCAUCACUUGCUGUUUAUUACCUAAAUAUAAAAUAAAUGACUGUCUUUAUAAUUACA